GACACCUAUCACAAUUACACGAAAUUUCUAACCAGAGACUAUGAAAGUUAGAAGAUCCUGGGCAGAUGUCACAUGGACUCUAAAUGCCAGGCUGCUAUACCCAGCAAAAAUAAAAAUGAAUAGACUAUACAAUGGCAGGGAAAAUUGGCAAAGUAUGGAUGGAUUGCCUACCCUCACUCAGUUCCUCAGUCUGGUGAAAUACUUCUCAAAUAAAAAUUGCAAAUAAGGGGUUGCAGCAGCGGCGUCCGCGGGUAAGUAGCCAACAUGCAGCUCUUUGUCCGCGCCCAGGAACUACACACCCUCGAGGUGACCGGCCAGGAGACGGUCGCCCAGAUCAAAGCUCAUGUGGCCUCACUGGAAGGCAUUGCCCCCGAAGAUCAAGUCGUGCUUCUGGCAGGCUCGCCGCUGGAGGAUGAGGCCACCCUAGGCCAGUGUGGUGUAGAGGCCCUGACCACUCUGGAGGUAGCCGGCCGCAUGCUGGGAGGUAAAGUUCAUGGUUCUCUGGCUCGUGCUGGGAAAGUGAGAGGUCAGACUCCCAAGGUGGCCAAACAGGAAAAGAAGAAGAAGAAGACUGGUCGGGCCAAGAGGCGAAUGCAGUACAACCGACGCUUUGUCAAUGUUGUGCCCACCUUUGGCAAGAAGAAGGGCCCCAAUGCUAAUUCCUAAGUCCUGUUGUGAUCCUGCCACACUAAUAAAGCCACUUUGCCCAGAAAAAAAAAAAA